AACGACUCUUAUCCAGGACAAAAGGAUCACGAGCAAAAUAACCUUGAUUUCCCUAAGCUCGCCUUCAAUAGCAGCACUGACUUCAGCGCGAGCGCUCGAAAUUCUUCUCAACGAUUGGAGGAGACUGCGAGAGAGCAUUAUCACAGCGAUGUGAUCCCGAUUCAAUCGGCUCUGAUUAAAGCACAACAGUAA